UUUUUUCAGUCUGAAUAGCACUUAAAAAAAUGAAAAACUUUAUUUAUUUUCUGCCUUUUGUACUAAAGAAUAUUCUGGAGAUCCAAAUGUCUUGUGUCUCCAUGAAAACAGUCCAGACAAAUCUUGCAGUAUGGCGCCCUCGUGUGGUAGCUCAGCGUACAAACAAAGCUUGAAAAGUUUCGGAGUUCCUCCAUGGCAACCAAACACUCGUGCCUGGAUACGCGUUCUUCCCAUCGAUAUUGCUAUGUUGAAAAGUGACAAAAAGACGAACUGCAGGGAUGAAGAGGUGGUCAAAAAACUAUGUCUGGUCAAUGGCGUUUCCUAUGAAAAAAUAGCACAGGAGGGGAGUAACGUCACGUCUCUGGAGAUCUUUUUCUCUGGUUUCCCCCGAAUGGUCGGGCUCUUCUUCUUUCCAAGACUUUGCCACCUUACCAUCGUGGACCAGACCAUAGAACACAUUGAAGGACUGGAGAACUGCCCUCUGCUACAGCAGAUCUGGAUAGUCCAGUGUCGUCUUAGAGAAAUAUCUGGACUACAAAACUGUCAAAAACUAGAGAAGCUGUACCUUUAUAAUAAUCAGAUAUGUGAAAUACAAAACUUAGAUUUGCAGGUUAACCUGGAAGUUCUGUGGCUCAACAAUAACUGCAUCACUAAAAUCCAGGGUUUGGACAUGCUUCAGAACCUUAAGGAACUAAACCUCGCCGACAACUUAAUUGAAAAGAUUGGGAACAGCCUUGAUCCAAACGUCAGCCUAGAAAUUCUUAACCUGUCUGGGAACCAGAUCAGCUCCUUCAAGGAGCUGGCCCAGCUUGCCCAUUUGCCCCGUCUGAAAGAGCUUGCACUCAAGGAUCCCAUGUCAACUCCUAACCCAGUGUGCCUCCUGUGUAACUAUGCCACACACGUUCUUUACCACAUACCAGGUCUCCAGCAACUUGAUUCUUACAAUGUCUCUGACAAGCAAGUCAAAGAGGCUGCUGAGGCUGCGGUGAUGAAGAAAAUGAUGUACUACAACAUGCGUGUACGUUCUGCUAAGAGAAACCUGUCCGAGAAGCAACUUAGUCUGACAGAAAAGAAGAAAACUCUACUACAGCUGCCUGAAGAACGCAUCAGGACCCUCAGCUAUGCUCUCAAAAAACUUGAGUGUGAACUCAGCACAGUGCCAGUUGGUUCCAAGACGCCUGGCUGCAUGUGGAGUGAUGACCCAGGAGGGCAGAUUUACCUGGACGACAGUCUACAAACAAGAAGUGACUCAAACACCAACCCUGGUGUCAAUCUUGAUCUUGCAGCGGUGCACCAAAUACAUGUUAAGAUUGAAACCCUAAGGGAAAGACUGACAUUCUGGACCAAGAGGAUAGAUGACAUUGAAGCCUGGUGUAAGAGGGAAAAGACCCGAGCUGCAAACAAAACGGAACACGUGGUUCAGUUUCUAUACAUGGAGCUCGAAAGUGUCGGUAACAUUCGUCUGGAAGCAGGCUGUCCCACAGAUCUUUGGUUCAAUUCUUGCUGCAACCUGCUGGUUUCUCGCUUUGCUCCUUCAGAGUACAAGACUCUCGACGUCAUCGACAUUAAGGUUGACAGAGUCUUCCGCAUCCACAACAGUGCUUUGAGGCAUCGUUUUGUAGAAAAGCUGCACAGCCUGAUGGGAAAUGAAGACGCUGCUGCCUUUUUACAACAUCACAGAAAGCGUUUGGAGUAUUUAUUCUACAUAGCCGACCCUGAGAAAUGUGAGAAAGAAGAGACUUUCUGCAUUUUGCAGGAAGGCUUUACAACAACGCAACAAAAGUCCACAGAAAGAGAGGCUGCCGUGCCUUUAUCCAAUAGCUUAGCUGUGGCUGAACAGCCCAGAAUUGAGUUUUUGCUUCAACAAGACCGUCAAGGUGAUCUCAGACAAAGAACUGAGGCAAUUCGACACGGUCAGGUCAUUGUCUCCAAAGUAUUUAUCGGUAACAGCAUGCCUUUCCGUGAUGGAGAUCUGGGCGACAUAAGCAGAUACCCUAAAGUCUACUCUGUGUAUCGCAACCUGGACGUCAAAUCAAAGCCUUCAGCAACUCACGAUGACCCCCCAAGCUCAGGCAAGACCCACACAGGCACUGAGAUGAAUCCUCCUCGAAGACAGUGGUUUGUGUUCCAGCAUGAGCUUGUCCUGCCAGAAUACAUCAUAUAUUUUGAAUAUAUUUUGGAGGACAAGGAUCAAUCUACCAUAAACACCAGCACAGACAACGAUCCUUCGAAUGAAAUCCUGGACAAAGCCGCCCUCGACAUGGAACCUAUUCUAAGACUUAAGCCUGAGCUCUUGAGCUUAAACAAUAAAAUUCUUCUAAAUGUUGCCAAUGCCAGCGCCCUCAGUCAGAUCAUUGUGCUUAACCUUCAUGGCAAUAGUCUGAGUGAAAUAAAAGAGAUUUCCAGGCUUACAGCUCUGAGACAUCUAACCAUCAGCUUCAAUAAGCUCACACACCUCGAUGACAUUUCCUACAUGCCCAGCCUUGAGUUUUUGGAUGCUAGCUUCAACCAUCUGGUGACACUGGAUGGGUUGCAGGGAUUGAAACAUCUGGAACACCUUGAUGUAUCCUGGAACAAGUUAUCAAAAGCUAGAGAGAUUACAUCGGUGCUCAGGAAACACACGCCUGCUCUGCUCAAACUGGACACCCGAUACAAUCCAUGGAGCAGGCCAGAGGUUGUUAGAAGUACCCUUCUGGGUCAUCUUACGACCCUCACCCACCUUGAUGGAGUGUUGGUGUCAAAGGAAGAGGCUGCUGAAGCUGAACAGGUUGCUGCUGCAUCUAAAAUUAACCAGGCAUCUAUUCUGGCACACUCCAGUUUUAGCAUUGAUUAUCCGCGACAACUUAGCCUGCUGUCAACAGUUCAGCUCCUUCAUCAGUGCAGCCCGGCGUCAUGGGGACCCAGCAGAGAAAUGGAGCCAGACUGGACUCUGAAGAUAACCUCCCUCAACCUUGACGACCAAAGGAUUUCUAAGCUUAACAGUUUGAGCAAACUUGAGAAUCUGCGCUGGGCUUCCUUUGAUGACAACAACAUCUGCAGAGUGGAUGGGAUUGAUUGUUGCUUAAAGCUAGAAGAGCUUUCACUGAACAACAAUUGCAUUGCUACACUUAAAGGUCUGGGGAAACUGCGUCACCUAAAAAAACUAAGCGUAGAUGGGAACCAGCUGUCAGGUCUGGAGGCCUCUGUGUUAAAACAGCUGCCUGACCUGAUUUUUCUGUCUGUGGAGAACAACUCCAUCAUGACCUUGGAUGGCAUCCAAAAUGUUCAGUCUCUCCUUGAACUUUAUAUUGGAAAGAACCGGAUUUCUUCCUCGAGGGACGUUCACUAUCUCAAACAGGAGUUGGCAAACCUCAUCAUUCUGGAUCUCUAUGGGAAUGCUUUAGCGGAAAAGCUGGAAAGCUAUCGGAUAUUUGUCAUUUUCCAUCUGACCUCACUUAAAGCUCUGGAUGGAGUUGCAGUGGAUGCAAGUGAGUGCGAGAGUGCAAAAAGCAUGUUUAAGGGAAGACUAACCACUGAUAUGGUUGUAGAAAAGCUGGGUCACUCAAACUACACUGAGAUCCUUUACCUUACCCUGCACUCCUGCUCCAUCAGGAUGGUUGAUCUGUCCCCAGCGGAGCUGUUCUGUAAUCUAUGCAGUAUCAAUUUAGACCACAACAACCUCACCUCCUUCUCGGGCCUCAUCCACCUGCCCAACCUCAAAGCUUUGAGUCUUAACUACAACCACAUUGAGUCCAUUCUACCCAAACACAAGAUUCCGGCUCCUAUGACAAACAGACAGAUACUGCACAGCAGAGUUCACUCCAGCGGGUACGGACAGCAGAGCCCGGGCAAGACUAAUAGGGACACUGGGCCCACUGGCAGCUUAGAGCCGCUGAUGGGAGGCCUGGAAGUGCUUCAUUUGAGUCACAAUGGCAUCUCCAAUAUGGCCAAUCUGCAGCUCAGCAGGCUCACCAAUCUCAAAUCCCUCUUUCUCCAAGGCAACGAUAUUAGCCAAGUGGAAGGCUUGGAGGGGCUGCAGCAGCUUAGAGAGCUUGUGCUUGACAGAAACCGGAUUAAAGCAUUGGCCAGGAACUCCUUCAUAGCCCAGAGUGAGCUCCUCGAACUGCACCUCGAGUACAACAGAAUCCGAGAGCUAAACCACCUGGAUCCCCUGGUUGGGCUACAAAAGCUCUUCCUCGGCAUGAACAAGCUGCAGGAUGUUGCUGAGAUUGAAAAGCUGGAAGUUCUUCCAUCACUGACAGAGCUCUCUGUGAUUGGCAACCCUGUUGCUCAAAAUUCUUUGCACAGACCAGCAGUACUUCUUCAUCUUUCCAGUUUGCAGCUCUUAGAUGGAGUGAUGGUAACUCUGGAGGAGCGGACCAGGGCUGAGCUCUUAAAAGCAGAUCCAGCAGUGAGAACUCUGGACAAAUAUCAAUGCUCUCAAGUCGUUGGAGCGUCUUUCCCUACCACGGAAUUCAACCUGCCAGGACUGCCCCCACUUCUGGCUUAUAACACGACUAUUAAAGGAAUAAGCAUAAAUGGCAGACCACAAAACCUCAUGCACGGACAUGAAACACUGACAGGCAAAAAGCACAAGCACGGUAAUGCUGGUCGAAGCAGCCAAACUGACUAUAACAUCAGACACAGUCGAAGAACGGGAAGUAACCCACCAGCAAGCCGAGUCCUGUUAGAGGGAAACAGAACAGCAAAUUCAAAAAAGGAGCAAGACACCAGAUGUUCAUUUGAUCAACACACGUAGCUUGCUGAGAUGGUGGGUCAUUCAGGAAACACAGUCCGAGUGCAAGAUCACACCCCAAUGUCUGAGCUUUAAUUUAAAAAAAAACAAUCAUUUUUGUAAGCAUUUAUGGUGAGAAAUUGCAUGUGUCUUUCAGUUUUCUUAACUACCAAUAAAUCUCUUUAGCUUUGAUAUAAUCAUGUGAAUAUUUUAUGUUGAUUUAAAAAAAUUGUUGCUAUUACAAUUAAAUGGUUAAAAUGUUAACGUGAGAUAAAUAAAAGUGUAUCUAUAGGAGGAAAUCCUGCAUUUCUCCUAAAAGAAUUAACAUUAAA